AUGGUAUUUAAUACCCCAAAUGAGAAUCGUUGCUGUGCGUGUACUAAGGAGGGACGUUGCAUACAGCAUCAGGCAAUAGAAAAUAGUAACCAUAAUCGAGAAAUGAAUGGUGGAAAUGUAGAUUUGGAAAUUGCGCCGUUAGCCCCGGGGGAACCGGCAGAGGAGGAAGAGGAAAAUGAGGGAGAGUCCCCGACUUUAGCCUCUCCUGUCUCACGUAGAACUCGACAACGGCAGAGAGUAGGAGGGACUAUGGACGAACAGGGAAGAAAGAUAAUUGCACCCCUCAGGCAAGGAGUAGGAACGGAAGGACCGGUAUAUGUUAAGGUACCUUUUUCGGCUGGAGAUUUAGUAAUUUGGGUAGGAAAGGCAGCCGGAACUUAUAGGGAAAACCCAGACAAAGUUGCAAGAGUGGUGAAAAUGAUAAUUAAAACUCAGAAUCCGGAUUGGGAUGAUUUACAGGUAAUUUUAGAUACCCUAAUGGAUUCAAUGGAAAAAGAUAUGGUUUUGCGGGCAGCCAGGGAAAGAGCUCAAGAAGAUAUACGAAAUAGGCUAGUACCCGGAAAUCUAGACCAGAAUUUCCCCACUGAAGAUCCCCAGUGGGAUUAUAAUACAGGGGACGGAAUAAGGAGGCUAAAGAGGUAUCAGGACUGGGUCCAGAUCGGGGUACAAAAUGCUAUGCCCAGAACUAUAAAUUGGUCAAAAUUAUACAAUGUUAGGCAAGAAAGGGCGGAAUCACCAUCUGCCUUUCUGGAAAGAUUAAAAGAAACAGCCAAAAAGUACACAGAUUUGGAUGUGGAAACUGAACAAGCUAAGACCCAGCUAGCUCUUAUUUUCUUAGGACAGGCCCAGGAGGACAUUAGGAAGAAAUUGCAGAAACUGGAAGGUGCAGAUUUGAGAAAUCUGGAUAGACUGUUGGAAAUUGCUUGGAAAGUAUAUAACAAUAGAGAAAAGGAAACAGCAAAAAGGCAACAACAGAAUUUAUUGGCAGUAAUCCAAGGAAAGGAACGUGUGGGAUUAAGAGGAAGAGGUCGAGGGAAUAUGAACAGCCGAGGUAGAGGAGCAGAGAGAGGUUAUCCAGGUUUGGGAGGAAAUCGGCUGGGUCUUAACCAAUGUGCCCAUUGUAAAAGGGAAGGUCACUGGAGAAAUGAAUGUCCUCUUCGAGAACAGUCAAUGAUUGAAUGUAAAUCCAAAUAUAACACUCCAAUCUUCCCGGUAAAGAAACCCAACGGGGAAUACAGGCUGGUACAAGAUCUUAGAGCAAUAAAUGAAAUAACGAAAGACAUUCACCCGGUGGUGGCCAAUCCUUAUACGUUACUAACGACCAUAAAAGAAAAAUAUAAAUGGUUUACACUGAUUGAUUUGAAGGAUGCUUUCUUUUGUAUACCCAUUGAUGACAAUAGUAGGAAGCUUUUCACCUUAGAAUGGGAGAACCCACGAACAGGACGGAAAAUGCAAUUAACUUGGACCAGACUACCCCAAGGAUUUAAGAAUAGCCCAACCCUUUUUGGAGGCCAGCUUGCCAAGGAGAUAGAGAAUUGGACCAAUCAAGGACAAAUCCAGGUACCAAGAAGGCGGUAUCUGUUAUUGCAAUACGUGGAUGAUAUACUUAUAGCUACUGAAGAAGAAUCAGAAUGUAUUCAGGUAACUAUUGAUAUUCUAAAUCAGCUGGGGCUGAAUGGGUAUAAGGUCUCCAAACAAAAGGCACAAAUUGCAUGCACCACGGAAAUAUCCCAGGGACAAAGGAAAUUGGGAAUUAAUUGGAUUCAGGCCAUUUGUGGAGUUCCGGAACCACGGAACCUACAUGAAUUACGAGCCUUCCUGGGUAUGGCUGGGUGAUGCAGACUGUUGGUAAUGGACUAUGGACUUAUAGCAAAACCUCUCUAUGAAGCACAGAAAGCCUGCACAUUUACAUGGGGAAAGUCGCAACAGGAGGCUUUUAAAAAAUUAAAAGAAGCCUUAACGAAAGCGCCUGCCCUGGGUCUGCCAGAUUUAUCAAAGGACUUCCAACUGUUUGUACAUGAGAGACAACGAUUGGCAUUAGGAGUAUUGACUCAAUGAUUAGGGAGCUGGAAAAGACCAGUAGGAUACUUUUCUAAACAGCUGGAUGCGGUAAGUGCUGGGUGGCCCUCCUGUUUAAGAGCUGUGGCAGCUACCAUUCUUUUAAUGCAGGAAGCUAGAAAGCUUACGUUAGGAAAACGAAUCGAAGUAUUUGUACCACACAUGGUAACUACGGUAUUGGAACAAAAGGGGGGCCAUUGGCUAUCACCCAGCCGAAUGAUGAAAUAUCAAGCUAUAUUAACUGAACAAGAUGAUGUAAUUUUGAAAACGACUAACCUAUUAAAUCCAGCAGUAUUUUUAGGAACAACGACGGAAGAAGACCUCAAUCAUGACUGUGUGGAAAUUAUUGAACAUACUUAUGCCAGUAGAACGGAUCUGAAGGAUCAGCCGCUGAUGGAACCAGAUUGGGAACUUUUCACAGAUGGAAGCAGCUUUGUGGACAAUGGGACUCGUUACGCAGGAUAUGCGGUAACAACAUCAAAAGUGGUGAUUGAGGCAAAUUCUCUUCCUCCAGGAACAUCAGCUCAAGGGGCGGAGAUAAUUGCUCUGACUCGAGCUUUGGAAUUAAGCGAGGGUAAGAACGUUAACAUUUGGACAGACUCAAAAUAUGCGUUUGGGGUAGUUCAUGUGCACGGAGCAUUAUGGAAGGAACGAGGAAUGUUAUCCUCACAAGGGACUAAUAUAAAAUAUCAAGAAGAAAUAUUGAAAUUAAUAACAGCCAUGCAGAAACCCCAACAGGUGGCCAUAAUGCAUUGUAAAGCUCACCAGGGAGGAACAUCAGAGGUUGCGGAAGGAAAUAGAUUAGCAGACUCAACAGCUCGAAAGGUUGCACGGGAAAUAUGGAAGAUGAUGGCACUAAUUCCGUCAAAGGUAGGCCUAUCUUGCUCUAGAUUGCCCAAGGAUCCAAAGUAUUCCCCAGAGGAUGAACGGCUUGCCAAUUUGAUGAGGGCCCAGAAGAAUUCUGAUGGAUGGUAUGUAACAACAACAGGACAAGUUGUAGUGCCCCCAAUAGUAAUGCGAGAAAUCCUACAGGAGAAGCAUAAUGAAAGCCACUGGGGAGCAGAAGCGAUGGUGACUUAUUUGAAACGAGGUGUCAUCUCAGUACACAUGUUGACAAUGGCAAAAUCUGUAAUGUCAAAGUGCGAGCUCUGUCUAAAAAAUAAUCCAGUAGCAAGGAAACAUGCCGAAAUGGGUAGGACUAGAACUGGAAUAGAGCCUGGGGAUUAUUGGCAAAUUGACUUUGUAGAAUUACCAAAAGCCCGUGGCUACAAAUACUUAUUAGUAGGGGUUGACACUUUUUCUGGAUGGCCGGAGGCUCUUCCCUGUCGUACCAAUCAGGCAAAAGUAACAGUAAGAUGGUUAUUACAGGAAAUUAUUCCUAGAUUUGGUGUACCGUUAGGUAUCUCCUCAGAUAGGGGACCCCAUUUUAUUGCCAAUGUGGUUAAAGAAGUUAGUAGGUUGUUAGGAAUUACUUGGAAUUUACAUACUCCAUGGAGACUGCAAUCCAGCGGUCAGGUAGAAAGGAUGAAUCAAACUCUGAAAGGACAAUUAAGCAAAAUUUGUCAGGAAACUAAGAUACAAUGGCCGCAAGCCUUACCAAUAGCUCUAUUAAGGAUCAGAAUAAAGCCAAAGAGUGGGAUGUCCAUAAGCCCUUAUGAGAUAUUAUAUGGGAAACCUUAUGAAUCCCCUGAACCAAAUCCGAAUAUGCAUGUUACUGGUAAACAGGAUGUGUAUAACUAUGUUUUAUCCCUUGGCAAGACUCUAGCCCGGCUACGCAGCAUCCUGGCGUGGAAUCGACCUUUGGGUUUGGAAAACCCGGUACACGACAUACAGCCGGGGGACAAAGUCUACAUUAAAAAUUGGAAUGAAGAACCUUUGAAGGAAUGA